AUGGCCCCCACCGAACCCGCAAACGAGACCUCUCCAUCACAUCCUGAGCCCACGAGACCCGCACCUCCUUCCUUCCCCCCCUUCCACAUCGUCCCCGGGGUCCCAAAUUUCCGCGACACCGGCGGCUGGCCUAUCAAAAACCCCGACGGCCGAGUCCGCAAAGGCGUGCUCUUCCGCGGCUCCGACACGAACCGCAUCACGCCCGAAGGCAUCGCAAAGCUCCACGGGCUAGGGAUAAAAACAGACUUCGACCUGCGCAGUAAGCAGCAAAUCGAAAGAACAGGGGGUUACAAAGAGAUCGACGGUAUUGAGCGAAAAUGGACGCCUGUGUUUGCGGAGGAGCAGUACACGGAGGAAGCGGCGAGGCAGCGGUAUGAGCUUUAUGCUAGCGAGACUCCUGAUGGCAUUGUUUCUGCAUUCAUAGAGAUCCUUACUGAAGGCGCAACUAUGUUCCGCACCGUCCUGCGCCAUCUACUCGCCACUGUACCUCCAGUCUCAUCACUAGACCCCGUUCCCGCGCUGUUUAUGCAUUGCACGACUGGGAACAAUCGCACGGGGGUGUUUAUCUCCAUGCUUCUGCUACUACUAGGAGUACCGGAGGAAGUAGUUGUAGAGGAAUACACAUUAUCAGAGCAGGGUCUAGCACCGACACGGCAUAUCAAUGUCGACAGGCUGCUGAAGAAAGGCGCGUUUGAGGAGUAUGGUGAAGAAGCGAGGCGAAAGUGCGAGAGGAUGAUAGGCGCCAGACCGGAAAGUAUGAGGCAACUUGUCGUAGAAGUGGAUAGGAAAUGGGGAGGUGCGGAGGGGUAUUUCAAAAAGGUGGUUGGACUCAGCGAUGAGGAGGUGGCUAAAUUACGGAGUCUUCUGGUUGAAAAAGGCGACUACAACGCACAUAGUCAGGAGGGAACAUCUGCAGCAUAG